AUGGGGAGCGCUGGCUUCAAUGUUUAUAUGAAAAUGGUCAUGGAAUCUUCAAAAUUGCAAGAAAGCAAUAUCAUCUUUAUUGUCUCUGGAAUUAGUCUGCUCUGGAUCUUACCUCUUUGGAUUUUUUAUGAUUUACCAUCCAUGUUAGUUGUUGAUAAAGCUGUAAUGAUCUCACAACUGAAACAGGCGAGUUAUCUUCUAGUCAUCGAUGGCUUUGCUCGGUGCUGUCAAAACCUUGUUGCUCUUAUUAUGCUGGGUCGUCUCUCGGUUCUAGGCUAUUCUGUGGCUGGUGUUAUAAAGCGCCUUCUCGUCAUUGUGACUGCGAUUAUUUUCUUUUCCACUCCAGCCACUCCAAAGACUUACUUUGGUCUUGGACUAGCGACAGCAGGCCUUCUUUUGUACAAUCAGGUGAGGAAUGAGGACAGCCAGAAAACGCGCGAUGAAUUAAUCACGAAGACACUUGACGAACGCGACGUAGAAAAGCAGACGCUAGUCGAUUCAACCCCGGAACUUCCAGUGUCGUUAAAGAAUAUAGUUUGA